UCAAGCGGCCUCGCUCACCCACCAGAGAAUCAGUUCGGUGGAUGGUGCGGGGAAGUCUCCGAUACAGAAGCCCCACUUCAUUUGUCGGAAUAGAAUGAGCCGAUUCCUCUUCGGUGUCUCAUUUCCAUUAAUUUUUGCGGCAGCUGAACAGCUUGGCCAAUGCGCCGCACUCUCUGUUGACGAGGAGCUGAUAGAACUGGAAGGAGACGAUGCCUUGGAGUUCUCGCUGCUCCAAACUUCGCUCACAGUCUCGCAGCGACUGGAGCCUCGACACGCCCAGUCCUUGCUUUCUCAAGUGGUAGAAAAAGCCCCUUUGGAGUGGAAUAAUUUUUCAACGUCAGUGAAUAUGUCCUCACCUUUGGCGCUUCUAUCUUCAUGGUCCUCACGUACUUCAGCGCGGGACAUCAUUGCCUGGCCCGGGGCCUGUGUUUUAAGCCUGUCUUUUGCCGUGACUCUCAUUUUCGUGGUUGUGCUUUGGACCGUCAUGCUUGAGGCGAGCCAUGCCAGCAAAACACUGGCGAAUCGCGGCCACGUGCGUGGUGCUGGAAUGGCUGGUGCUCCAGGCAUGGCACGAACUGCAGCGGAUGCGAGCAGCUUCGCCAAAGGGGCGGAGGGGCUUGCGGCUGAUUGUGGUGCCUGUUGUCCGCCAGCAGUGCAAGAGGUCAGAUCUGGUUCCGUUCCAAAUUUCGGUGGACCCAACCCUCUUGGUAGCUUGCUGCGUUCGCGGCCAGCCCCUACUCUUUGCCCCUCUCUGAGUUUGAUGCACGGCGCGGCCCAGUUUCGGAUACCUAUGGCAUCAAUGGAGUUGCUUAGAGCGGGUUUCUUCCCCAUGCAAAUCUCUGGCCCCAGUGGCAAAUCCCUUCUUCAUGCCUGGCUACCAAUGUGUACACGGACGCCACCUGGAGGAUCGUCCCAGGCGUGGGGCGGGCCCAAGCAAACAGCUUGUUCAUAUCCAGGUCAUCCAGGAGCAGAAAGGAAACAGACAGAGAUUGGUCAUUUGCUUCAGUUGACAACCACGGACAAAAUCACUCGAUUUCCUCAUGCUAGCAUUGGCUUGCUACAGGCUGGAGCAGUGGAGCAUCGGCUUGACAUUUUCGGCCCGCAAAACGAGAAGUAUGGCACAUUGUGCCGGUUAACUGACAAAUGGCUGGUACACUAUCACAGUGAAGAGGGGUCAGAACAGCUGGCCUUGACUCUGCACCAUGUCCCAGCAGCGAUGGGCUUUUGCGCUUAUGGAGCGGACGGUCAGCAAGUGGCGACAGCAACCAGGAUACACUGUCCUGGAGAAACGCUUCACAUUUGUACCAUUCCAGGUGGAGAUGCUAUGCUGGCAAUCCUAUGCAUUAUGGCAAUUGUCUUGAGCAUGGAGACCGUUGUGAUCCGAAACCCAGCAGCACCGAGAUCUGCUGUGCCGCAGCACAGCCUGCCACCAGGCUACGCAGAUGCGAGUCGAAGUCCGAGCCAAUCUCCGCCAAGCCAAGUGCAGUCACUUCCAACUUUGCCAUCUUUGGAUGUCCGAACCAGUCAGAGUUUGACACGCUCUAUGCCAUCUGCUGCCAGCACUGCUCGAAUCGUCUCUCCUGGAGCUGGGCAGUCGGAAGUACGCAGUGUGCCCACAGUGCUGCAGCCCGGGCCGUUCUACACCAAUCCAAAUUUGCCCAACUUUGCAGCACGACCUUCGCCGAGACAAUAGCAGGAAAAAA